AGGCUCGGAUGCCGGCUCGGUCUCUUUCGCUGGAGCGAGAGGCUUCCGUCGCGUGGUGGGCGGGGUCAGUGCCUGGCGGAACAGCUUGAGCGAGCGGAGAGAACGGGAGAGCGAGAGCCGGAGGCAGCAAGGUUGUCCGCGCCUACGGGCCGGCUGUGGCAGCCACGUUGCCUCACGGGCACCUGUCCGGAGCAGGAGAAUGGAGACGUGCUGUUGGUGCACCCCUAUUGAUUCGGUUGUCACCACCUUAAAGAACUAUGCCUAUUCUUUACUGUCUCCAGAAAGAUUUGCUGCAGCCAACGAAGACCUUUGUUUCUGUUUGGAGUGUGUGGAUGAGUAUCAUAAAGUGAAGGAUGACUGGUCAUCCUUACAUGAGAUCCUGUGGAAUCUUGAAACCACUCGUCUUAUUGCCCAUUUUGAGAAAUCAAUGCCGAAGGAAAAGGAUGACAGCAAUUCGUUGGAUUGUGUUGAGGGGGAAAGGGUGCAAUGCCUGGAUUCUGACAUCGAGAAAAAACUUAGAGUGCCAUUGUUGGAAAUACUGAAAUACCCCUACCUGUUGCUUCAUAAACAACUCAGCAUGCUGUUUGUGGAUGCUAUUUGCAAAAUGGAGGCAAUCAACUACCCCUGCCAGGUGCUUGGGAAACACCCAGGGGUCUAUUUGCUCAUGGUACACCCUAAUGAAACGAUCCGUCGAUGGGCCAUUAUGACAGCCAAGAGUCUGGGAAAGGUGGACAGGGACGAUUACUAUGACAUACAGGAAGUGCUAAAUUGCUUGCUCAGAGUUAUAGAGCUGAACCUCUUUGAAAACGCUUAUGUUUAUAACCCCACAACAGUUGAGAAGGGUAAUCUCAUCUUGUUGCCUGACCACCUGUACGAUAUUACCAGUUACAAAAACUACUGGCUAGGUAUAUGUAUGGUGCUGCUGGUGCUGGAUGAGCAAGCCAUGGAUUCAUUGUUGCUUGGCCCAAACAAACAGAACGACUUUAUGCAAUGCAUAAUAAAUACCCUUAAGAAAGACUCGGAUGAUGAAAGUAACAGUCCCUUCUGGCCUGCACUCCACUGCUUCAUGGUGAUCCUGGAUAAGCUUGGGUCCAAAGUGUGGGGGCAGCACAUUGAUCCAAGUGAGGCAUUUCAAACUAUUAACAACAGCGUGAGUUACAAUAAAGAAAUAGAGAAUAUUCGCCAAAGGUGCAAGAGGACUAGAUCUGUGCCGCUAUCAGAUUGUGAAGAUGAAAUGGUCACCUGCAGCCAACUGGUGUAUGACUACCGCCUAGAAAAGCCACAGAAGGUUACCAGGCAGAAAUCUGCUGCUUGUCCUAAUUACUUCCCUGACUUGUAUGAAGAUAUGAAAACAUUAAUUGAUGCAUUCCAGGCUGACUUUGGCCAAGACAUACAGUUGCACAGCAGCACUUUUCUAUGGCUUAUCCCUUUCAUCCACUCCCUUAUGGGCCUCAGGGAGCUGGGGAUUGGCUACAGCGUACAGGUUGUGAGCCACCUGUGUUUAAAAACGGAUGUCUCUGAGAACUCUGCUGAAUCUUAUGACAAAGUAUCUCAGUUCUUUAUUUGGGUCCUGGUGAUCGUGAUUCAACUCCACCUUAAGAAAAAGUGCCUGAGUUCUCUGUGGGUCAGCGCGGAAAAAUGGGUGCGGACAGUGGUAGCAUGGGCAAAGCUUCCACGUGCAGUGUUCAUGGCUGGCAUCGAGAGAAGGGCAGCCAGGAGCUGCUUAAUAAGCACAGCUACAUCACCAUCUCUGGAAACAGAGUCUGUGCAGUCUUUCUGCAUGAAACUGAUUCGUAAUAUCCUGAAGGAAGGCUUACAUGAUGUGAAGACUCCCGUUUGUAAGCAGUUCUUUCUUGAACUCAACUUGCUUCUCCGUAACCGCAUGAACUUGGAGCUGAGUCCCAAGCAGACUCAAGAAUUGCAGAGUACUCUGAAGCAUAUCAUAAGGACCAUGUGGAUGAAAUCAGGACCUUCUUCCCCCAUGGUGGAGAGCUUUCCCAUUGGUGUAAAUGAAAGGCAGGAAGACAUGCAUCCAGUGAAUAUGUGCAAUGAGCACCCACCUCACUUGUCAGCAGCAAGGAAGGAUGAAGUCUGCCAAGAAGGCGAAGUACAAGAGGGCUCCAUGUUAGCAAACAGAUACAUGUAUGUUCAAAAAACCAUGAGCUGUCACCAGAUACUAGGGAUAGACAUAAAGGUUGAGAACAUCUGGUCAGGGGUGGAGACACCCAGAGCUUCCAGUCCUCUGAUGACAAAGAAUGAUGACAGCAGUGAUGCUUUGGAGAAAAGUGUUGAUCAGAAUGACCUUACAAGCCAAAGGAAACGUCUGAGACCUCUGAGCCCCAUCUUCAAGGCGAAGUUGAGACAACUGCUUAAUAAGUGUAGAAGCAGCACCAUGCUGAAGUCCAAAACAAAGAAGGAGCAGUCAGUUAGAGACCAAAGGAAAAGCCAGGAAGGGCCGAAGAGUGAUAUUGUUGCAGGUAGCGCUGGCAACACAUCGGAUUCAUUGCUCUGCAAAUCGGGGGCAGGCUCAAGCAAGUCUUUCCUUAGUCUGUCAGCCUGUAUGAAAAAUAAAUGCAAGGACGGUCUGGUGAAUUUUGAAACAGGACAUUCUGAUUCUGAAGAAGGCAGCAGUGAUGACAUGAAGGAGAAGAUGCCACUUGACAUUGUGGUGAGGAAUCAGCAGAAUGAAUUUGAAGCAGCUGUCGCUGUCACUUCAACUAGCACAGCAACAGAUCCCCAAAUUAACAUAGUCGUCAAUAAAGGCACCAAAGAAACACCCGUUGACUCUAGGCAGGAAAGCAGCAAGAAAGUUAUGGGCUCUGUUCAAUCUCAGUCUUCCAGUGAAGACUACCCUUCUAAGGCAGCAAAGGGACCAAUCCAUACAAUUAUUAUUUCUGAUUCUUCAGAAGAGGAUGAAAACCAAGGGAACACUAGUACAGAGAGCAGACAAGAUACAACAUGUGUGCGCCAUGAGAAGCAAUCCAGUGCACAGGGGCAAGAGCCAAUGAAUUCCUCACCAACAAAUGCGGAACAUGAAUCACAGUUGUUUGAGUUCGAAUCAGAAGCUGAAAUUUACUCAGAAUGGCAGGACAGCCAAACUAAUGAGGAAACGACAGAGGAGGAGAACCUUUUAGUGGAGACAGACAAUGGCCACAGAGCCACUGACUUGGAAAUAAAUUACUGGGGUUAUGAGUCGAACCCUCAUUGGUUUAAUGCCACUGAAGAAGCAAAAGAGGACCCUGUGCAAAACAGUGAAACUAAAACAAAGCCACAUACACCAGCUCAGAAGGUCAACAUUAGCAGCAGAAAUGCAAUGUGUUGCUCGACUUCCACAGGGAUGGAUGCAGGGUGUUCCAGACACAUAGAUCCAUCAGCACCUACUGCUCCUUCAGAGUCAGCAUCUGCUGUCAAAGAAUCUACUAUUCAGCCAAAGAAGGCACCACCACAGGCAGAACCAGCAAGAUCUACUCCUACUGUGGUCCCACCUGCCAAAGUCCACCAUUUUCCACCCCCAACCUCACUGACAGAGAAUCUUGGCCUGUCAAAGAAAGUCCGUAGAGCAGCUGAACUAUCUCAGCGCACACAGGACAGUCUUGCUGAGUUGCGUCGUCAUGGGGAAAUUGCUGGCAGGGUAGAUGUUGCACAGAAAAGAACAUCACAACUAAUAAAUGCUUCACACCUAACUACUAAAAAUAGAAAAAUGCUUUCUUGCCAAGAACUUCAGUUCUAUAGGCAGACAAGGCCUAAAGAGAGAGAGAAGGGUCAGCACACUCAAAGAGGAAACCCAAGUUCCUCAAUCCUUGAAGCUACAGCUAGUAAAACCAAUCCCUUGACCUCUACCGAUUCCUCCUCUAGCUCUUGUGAUGAGGAUGUGGCUUUGAAAGAGGGAGAGCCACAAUUGAAUGAGAACAUUGAAGAUGACAACUUGUUUCUUACACAGUCCGAUCCAGUGGACAUGGAGCUGUGUUCACAAAUAGAAAGUGGCAGUAACCCCACACACAUGGAAGUCAGUGUAUCUGCAAGCCCACUACAGGAUGCUAAUGAGAUAUGCAAGGAAGCAGGUUCUAAAGGAGCAGCUGAAGCAGAGGCUCACGGCGCAAGCUGUUCUGCUGGUAGCCCACAAGACAAUGCGUCUGCCAAGACUUUUGCACCCCCUAGGCUCUCCACGAUGAAAAUCUUCAGCGUUUCUUCCCGGAAUGCAAACCUCACCAAGGAGCUUGAGAGCAUCCCAAAGCCCCCAGCAGUUCCAAAGAGCAAAUCAUAUUCCUUCAUGCCCCCCACCUCAAAGGGGAAUGGAUUGCAGUCCCAAAUCCCCAUGCCGAACAGCAUUCUCCAACCACAGAAUUCGAACAACGUCCCUCAGUUGCUAAAUGUGCAAAACAACUCUAAUGUGUAUACUGGUGGGGUGCUGCCUGCCUCCAGACCUGUUUCCUGGCAUGAAAUGAAUCCACGCUUCACACAAGCAAACAGCGUGAAUGCCCAGCAGAGAAGUCCUGCCAUAUUUAGUAGAGAAAUCCUGAAGUGGAACUAUGACAUGUUUGCACAGUUCAGUCAGUUUGGGCCACCAGCUUACCUCCUCCAGUCUGUUAUGACUUCUGUUCCAGCCACUUUUAACAAUUACAAUGACUACUUCAAUACUUUCUUCCCCUUAAUGAUGCUAAAUACCUUUGAAACAGUGGCACAAGAUUGGAUAGAGAACCAGAAAUGGAAAGACAAAAGGAAUUUCCAUUUAACUUUGCUGAACUUCAGUCUGGACACAAAUGAAGCAGAUUUUACAGCUAACCUCUCGGAGAGCAAUUUGGGGAGACAGUACCCAAAGCAAGAUGACUUUGUGGUCUUAACAGUGUAUGAAAAGCAAGCCUUUCAUAGCAACCCUCAUGAGGCAGAAAGCCGCCCAGUGUGCCACGUCGGUUGCGUCACUCGUUUUUAUUUUAAAUACAAAGAGCAGGAUGUCGUUAAUCUGUCUGUCAAGACACAAGGGAAUUUGUCCCGUAUCGAGAAGAAAGUAAUGUGCCUCACCGUUUGUUCAUUGUCCACCAUGCAGCGAAUGUUUAAGGCCCUUCUUCUGCUUAACCGAAGCCCUCUAGCCAAAGCCAUAAUCAGCACAGAAUAUUCUGACUUCUCUCUCAUGGGCUCAAAAGUGGACUCUGAGAAUUCUUCUUCGUACAUGAGAGAAUUUAAUGAAGAUCAAAGGACAGCUAUUGAAACAGCUUAUGCCCUUGUGACACAGUCUCCUUCACUGCCCAAAAUUUGCUUGAUCCAUGGGCCACCUGGAUCUGGGAAAUCUAAGACUAUCCUUGGACUCCUUUACUGCCUUUUCAUCGAGAGACCAGGAAAAGAAAAUUCUGUGCAAAGCAAAAUCAAGAACCGUGUGCUGCUGUGUGCCCCAUCCAACGCUGCUGUCGACGACCUGAUGAAAAAAAUAAUUCUUAUGUUCAAGGGAAAAUGCCAGGACAGUAGCAGUCCUUUGGGAAACUGUGGUGACAUCAACUUGGUGAGACUGGGACAAGAAAGCUCCAUCAGCAGGGAUGUCUGGAAGUUUAGUCUAGAUGCCCAGGUCGACCAUGAAAUAAGCAAAGCAGCCCUUGGCAGACAUCAAGAUAUCUGCAAACGAAAAGAAGACCUGGAUCGACAGCUGGACAUUAUUUGUCGCCAGCGUGCUAUAGCAAAAACCCAAAGCGCUGGCCAGCUGCAAUUAUUAGACAAGGAGAUUUGCAGACUUGGAGAGGAAAGAAAGAGGCUCACUGUUCAACUGAAGAAGGAUUGCGGACGAUCGCAAGGCGAUUUGAAAGCGAACAUCAUCCUGAAGUCGCACAUCAUCUGCUGCACACUGAGCACCAGUGGGAGUAGCAUGCUGGCAUCAGCAUUCCGGCGGCAGGGCUGUGACCCUCUGAGCUGUGUCAUUGUGGAUGAGGCUGCACAGUCUUGUGAGAUGGAAAGUCUCAUCCCGCUCACUCAUGGCUGCAAAAAACUGGUCCUGGUUGGAGACCCAAAGCAGCUUCCUCCCACAGUUAAAUCUAUGACUGCUGAGGAAUACGGCUACGGGCAGUCUCUGAUGGAGCGGCUGUGCAGGCAGCUGGAUGCGCAGCUCCAGAAUAAAGUCAUUGACAGGCUUCCAGUCCUGCGCUUGACCACUCAGUACAGGAUGCACCCUGAUAUCUGCCUCUUCCCGUCUAACUACGUCUACAACCGUGCCUUGAAAACUGACAUGAGGACAGAAGAGAACCGAUUCUCUAAGGAUUGGCCCUUCGUACCGUACCUCCUCUUUGAUGUUUUGGAUGCCCAUGAGAUACGGGAGAGCGAUUCCUUCGUCAAUCUCCAGGAAGUGAAACUGGUCGUAGAAUUAAUUACGUUAAUUACAAAAACGAAGAAAAGCAUCAACUAUCGUAACAUUGGGAUCAUCACCCCAUACAGUGCUCAGAAAAGAAGGAUCUUGCUCGAGUUGGAGAAAGAAUUUGGAAGAGAAGAAAAGGGCGUUGCAGAAGUCGACACUGUGGAUGGGUUCCAGGGCCGGGAGAAGGACUGCAUCAUUGUCAGCUGUGUCAGAGCGCAAAGCACGCAAGGGUCAAUAGGGUUCCUGAAGAGUCUGCAGCGUCUGAAUGUCACCCUCACCCGAGCCAAGUACAGCCUCUUCAUCCUGGGACACCUGAAGACGCUCAUGGAAAAUAAAGAUUGGAACGCAUUGAUUCAGGAUGCUCAGAAAAGAGGCUCCAUCAUCAAGACCACCUCCAAAACCCUGUACAACAGUAUUCCUUGCUAUGCAACUGGUGCUAAGAUGAUCCUGAAGCCCACGUCAGUCCAGCAGAGACUGACUAGAGCCACAAUUGGGCAGGUGACCACGGUGGCCACAUCGGGUGAAGCUCCUGCAAAACAUCCCCAGCCAUCAUCUUCUGGUGCUCCUGCUCCUGCUCCUACUCCAGGGAGCAGUAGAGAAUCUCCUGCGCAAGCCCAGCCGAGUCUGGUGGUACCCAGAUUUGGGCAGGUGACCAUGGCGGCCCUGAUGAAUGAAGUCCCUGUACAACAUCCCCAGCCAUCAUCUUCUGGUGCUCCUGCUCCAAGGAACAAUGGGGCACCUCUGAUGACAGCAUCUGGGCACUCCAGUUCCUCAAACCCACAGGCUACAUCUCAGAAUAGGCCAAGAGAUCCGCGGCUGGCCAAGAGGGCAGAGGAAGGAGUCAGAAGGAGCCCCACUGAGAGCCAUAGCCCCACAGAUCCCAAGCGACAGAAGAAAACAGAGUAGCCCCACCUGUAUAAGCAAGAACUCUUAUUGUGGCUGCACCAUGUACAGCCUUUUCCUGUGUGAUCAGCUUUCUGGUUGGUUCCCUGUAAGAUAAUGUAUUUUUUUUUGUUUAAUAUAUUUUUAAUAAACUAUUUUCUUUGAUACCAA